AUGUGUGUUUCUCAAUCAAUGAUGAGGGUAUCGGAACCGAUACUGGACAUGGAUAUGGCAAAUUACAGUGAAGUUUUGGAUCCAACUUACACAACUUUGGAGUUUGAAACGAUGCAGAUUUUAUAUAAUUCAAAUGAUAGUUCUGCCCCCGAGACCACAAGUAUGAAUACCACAGACAACGGUGUCAACUGUCUUUGUGCUAUAUGCGGAGACAGAGCGACAGGAAAGCACUAUGGAGCAUCAAGCUGUGAUGGCUGCAAAGGCUUCUUCAGACGUAGCAUACGCAAGAGUCACGUUUAUUCCUGCAGGUUUAGCCGGCAAUGUGUGGUUGACAAGGACAAAAGAAAUCAAUGUAGAUAUUGUCGAUUAAGAAAGUGUUUUAGAGCAGGAAUGAAAAAAGAAGCUGUGCAGAAUGAACGGGAUAGAAUAAGCACCAGAAGAAGCACAUUUGAUGGCAGCAACAUCCCCUCCAUUAACACGCUGGCACAAGCUGAAGUUCGGUCUCGCCAGAUCUCAGCAUCCAGCCCUGGUGUGAGCACUGAUAUAAAUGUUAAGAAAAUUGCAAGUGUUGGUGAUGUCUGCGAAUCAAUGAAACAACAGCUCUUGGUCUUAGUGGAAUGGGCUAAAUAUAUUCCUGCCUUCUGUGAGUUGCCCCUGGAUGAUCAGGUGGCACUGUUGAGAGCUCACGCAGGGGAACACUUAUUGCUUGGAGCAACAAAGAGAUCUAUGGUGUACAAAGAUAUUUUGCUUUUGGGAAACAACUAUGUCAUUCAUCGCAACAGCUGUGAAGUGGAAAUCAGUCGUGUGGCCAAUCGGGUUCUAGAUGAGCUGGUCAGACCAUUUCAGGAAAUCCAGAUUGAUGACAAUGAAUAUGCCUGUUUGAAGGCCAUCGUAUUUUUUGACCCAGAUGCAAAAGGACUAAGUGACCCGGUCAAAAUUAAGAACAUGCGGUUCCAAGUGCAGCUGAGUUUGGAGGAUUACAUCAAUGACCGGCAGUACGACUCCCGGGGGCGGUUCGGGGAGCUGCUCCUGCUGCUGCCCACGCUGCAGAGCAUCACUUGGCAAAUGAUUGAGCAGAUCCAAUUUGUUAAACUUUUCGGGAUGGUUAAAAUUGACAACCUGCUUCAGGAAAUGUUAUUGGGUGGUGCUUCCAAUGACGUUAGUCAUCUCCAUCAUCCAAUGCAUCAACAUUUGUCUCAGGAUCCAUUAAAUGGACAAACAAUACUUUUAGGUCCCAUGUCUACACUGGUUCACACAGACCAGAUCUCAACCCCUGAAACCCCACUCCCCUCCCCACCACAAGGCUCUGGACAAGAACAGUACAAAAUAACUUCAAAUCAAGCUUCAGUCAUCUCACAUCAAUCUCUCUCCAAACAAAAGCAAUUGUGAGAAUGUGUUUACUUCUGAACGGCACUGCAUAAAUGUGAAAAGUUGUUGAUCUUGAAAUAUCUCAGGAUAGU